AUGGCCGACGCAAGCCCCGCCAAGUCCACAACCUCACCCCGACCGCAGCUCACCUCGUCCAUGAGGAGCAGCUCCUUCCUGCGCGAGCACCAGCAGUACCGGCCGCCCCAGCAUCCGGAGAGCCGCUUCGGCAUCGACACCGUCGUCGAGGACCUGAGCAACACCUCCCUCGCCUCGCCGCCCAGGCAUGGCCACUCCCCCGGCAAGAAUUUCGUCGCCUUCAAUGGCGUCCCCUCCGAGGAGAACCCCCCGACCAUCGUCGACAGCGGCCUGAACCACACCUACUCUCACCCCAACUGUGCCCCCCCUGCCGGCAAGCCGCGCUCCGACCGCCUCAUUGCGACCCUGUUCUAUAAGCCGAACGGCAAGCAUGCCUCUCCCACCGGCGCCGGCGUAGCAACAGCAGCCGCAGCAUCCGCCCCGCCCGCCGGCGCCGCCGCCGCUCUGGCCUCAUCCUCCGACGCCGGCAGCACCAAGGAGUCCAUCCCGGCCAACUUCGCGCCGACCCAGAACCCGGACUCCUUCCCCCUCGAGCCGCCCGCCUCGGAGCCCGAGAAGCUCGACCACCUCUACGGCUCCUACAUCUCGCCCAUGUGCGUCUCCUCCUUCCUGCACCUCAUGUCCACCUUCCCGCUGCCCGCCGGCCACGACGGCUCCGACUACACCUCCUCCCACCGCUGCCUCGACACCCAGCCGAGCCCGCGCGUCGUCGAGCUCACCCUCGACCCGGCCCCCUGCCGCAGCUACCUCUCCCUCACCGACCUGCGCCGCCACGAGCUCAUCUACCGCUUCGAGCGCGAGUGGGGCGUCGACGUCGCCCUCCAGCCCGACUCUCUCUGGCGCCGCCACCCGCGCCUCGUCGUCUUCGACAUGGACUCCACCCUCAUCACCCAGGAGGUCAUCGACCUGCUCGCCGCCCACGGCCCGCCCGGCGUCGCCGAGAAGGUCGCCGACAUCACCCACCGCGCCAUGCUCGGCGAGCUCGAGUUCGACGCCGCCUUCCGCGAGCGCGUGCAGCUUCUCAAGGGCGUGCCCGCCUCCUUCUUCGAGACCCUCCGCCCUGUGUUGGACGUCACCCGCGGCGUGCCCGCGCUGAUCAAGGCGCUCAAGCGCCUCGGCGUCAAGACGGCCGUGCUGUCCGGCGGCUUCCUGCCGCUGACGGCCUGGCUUGCGGGAGAGCUCGGCAUCGACCACGCGCACGCGAACGAGGUUGUCGUGGACGAGGCGACGGGCGCGUUGACGGGCGAGGUGAAGGGGCUGAUUGUCGGGAAGGAGCGCAAGCGCGACCUCCUCGUGGAGAUUGCGGGUAAGGAGGGGAUUGAUCUGUCGCAGGUCGUGGCGGUCGGCGACGGGGCGAACGACCUGCUGAUGAUGGGCGCGGCGGGGCUCGGCGUGGCGUGGAACGCGAAGCCGAUGGUGCAGAUGGAGGCUGAUACAAGGCUGAACAGCGAGAGCCUUUUGGAUCUGCUGUAUCUGUUCGGUUUCACUGGUGAUGAGAUUGAGCAGCUUGCUUCGUAG